GGUGGGGGUAGGGGGGCAGGGAGGAAGGUGAUGGAUGGUUGAGUUAUUUUCUGAUACCUCAACUUGUCCUCGACUGUGCACUCAGAGAGGGAAUUGGGAUCACACACACACACACACACACAAAAAAAUUAAUGAUGUGAUGCUUCACGACUCCCUCGAGUUGCUGUGUGAGUGAGUGAGUGAGUGAGUGAGUGGAGUGUUGGAGCUCUUUGGUGGUUUGGCUUUUAGCAGAAGAUGCAGAAGGCGAUCCGACUGAACGAUGGCCACGUUUCUUACUUGGGGCUCUUGGCUAAGAAAGAGGCGACCAAGAGAGGCUAUCUGAGCAAGAGGAGCGCCGACAACACAAAAUGGCACACCAGAUGGUUCUCCCUCCUGCAGAAUAUGCUGUUUUAUUUCGAGAAUGACAGCAGCUCCAGGGCUGCAGGGCUGUACCUGUUGGAGGGCUGUGUGUGCGACAGGGCGUGCUCCCCCAAACCAUCCCUGUCGACCAAGGAUUCGUUGGAAAAACAGUACUACUUCACCAUUAACUUUGGCCACGAUGGACAGAAGGUACUGGAGCUGAGGACGGAGGACGUGAAGGAUUGUGAAGAGUGGAUGACAGCAAUAACCCACGCCAGCUACAGGAACCUGGCAACGGAGCACGAGUCUCUGAUGCAGAAAUACCUCCACCUGCUGCAGAUCGUGGAGACGGAGAAGACCGUCGCAAAGCGGCUCCGACUUCAGAUCGAGGACCAGGAGAUUGAAGUGGAACGACUGAAAGCUGAGAUCACCUCGCUGCUCAAAAGCAACGAGCGCAAUCAGUGCUCCGAGCCAGCCGCCCAGAACGACGAGGAUUUCGACAUCACCAAAAUCAAAAAGGUGCAGAGCUUCCUGCGGGGCUGGCUGUGCAGAAGGAAAUGGAAGACCAUUAUCCAGGACUAUAUCCGCUCCCCGCACGCCGAGAGCAUGAGGAAGAGGAACCAGGUGGUGUUCAGCAUGCUGGAGGCCGAGGCCGAGUACGUGCAGCAGCUUCACAUCCUCGUCAACUGCUUCCUGCGGCCCUUGCGCAUGGCCGCCAGCUCCAAAAAGCCCCCCAUCAACCACGACGACGUCAGCAGCAUCUUCCUGAACAGUGAAACCAUCAUGUUUCUGCACCAGAUAUUCUACCAAGGACUGAAAGCCCGGGUUGCCAGCUGGCCCACUCUGGUCUUAGCUGACCUGUUUGACAUCCUGCUGCCGAUGCUAAACAUCUACCAGGAGUUUGUGAGGAACCAUCAAUACAGCCUACAGAUCCUCGCCAGCUGUAAGCAGAACCGGGACUUCGACAAACUCCUCAAACAGUACGAGGCCAAACCAGACUGUGAGGAGAGGACCCUCGAGACCUUCCUCACCUACCCCAUGUUCCAGAUCCCCAGGUACAUCCUGACGCUGCACGAGUUGCUCGCGCACACCCCGCACGAGCACGUGGAGAGGAAGAGCCUGGAAUACGCCAAAUCCAAGCUGGAGGAGCUGUCGCGAAUAAUGCACGACGAAGUGAGCGAGACCGAGAACAUCCGCAAGAAUCUGGCCAUCGAGCGGAUGAUCGUGGAGGGAUGCGAGAUCCUGCUCGAUACCAGCCAGACCUUCGUACGUCAAGGUUCACUGAUCCAGGUGCCGAUGACUGAGAAAGGGAAGAUCACCCGAGGCCGUUUGGGAUCCUUGUCCCUGAAGAAAGAGGGAGAAAAGCAGUGUUUCCUCUUCUCCAAACACCUGAUAAUAUGCACCAGGGGAUCGGGAGGAAAGCUGCACUUAACCAAAAUGCUGUUCGACAGCAAACGGAAUGGAGUCCUGUCACUCAUUGACUGCACGCUAGUGGAGGACACAGAAGGAACCGAAGAUGAAUCCCGGUCACAGGACAUGGAGCACCUGGACUUCAAAAUGGUGGUGGAGCCCAAGGACUCGCCCUCAUUCACCAUCAUCCUGGUGGCUUCGUCCCGUCAGGAGAAGGCAGCGUGGACAAGUGACAUCAGUCAGUGCAUAGACAACAUUCGCUGCAACGGUCUCAUGAUGAACGCAUUCGAAGAAAAUUCAAAAGUUACCGUGCCCCAGAUGAUCAAGUCGGACACGAGCCUGUACUGUGACGAUGUGGAUAUCCGGUUCAGUAAAACCCUCAACUCCUGUAAAGUUCUCCAGAUCCGCUAUGCAAGCGUGGAGCGCCUGUUGGAACGCCUGACCGACCUGCGCUUCCUGAGCAUAGACUUCCUCAACACCUUCCUGCAUUCCUACCGGGUGUUCACCACAGCGGAGGUGGUGCUGGACAAACUCAUCACAAUCUACAAAAAGCCCAUCAGUGCAAUCCCAGCAAGGUCACUGGAACUCUUCCUCGCGAGCAGUCAGAAUAACAAGCUUCUGUACGGGGAGCCUCCCAAGUCACCGCGAGCCAGUCGGAAGUUCUCCUCCCCGCCACCUCUGUCCAUCUCCAAGUCGUCCUCGCCGAUCAGGAGGAGGAAGCUUUCCCUGAACAUUCCCAUCAUCACAGGAGGCAAAGCUCUGGAUCUGGCUGCGAUGGCCUGCUCGUCGAACGGCUAUGCAAGUAUGUAUUCUUCCAUGUCGCCUUUCAGUAAGACCACGCUGGACAUUAACAAGCUCUAUGUGUCGAGUGGCUACUCCAACAAGCUCUCUGACGAGGCAGAGGGCAAAGCGGAGAAACCCGAAGACGUGAGCUCCAGCAAAGCAGGCCCAGAUAAGACGGUGAAGGAGGACACCGAGCCUGAGCAGGCUCCUAGCGACGAGACCGAGAGUGAGACGUCACCAACAAAAUCCCCGACAACCCCAAAGCAGUUGAAAGGCAAGAACUCUUCAGAGUUCUCCUUGUUUUCCUACAACAACGGAGUGGUGGUGACCACCUGCCGGGAGAUGGACGGCAACCGCAGCUCCCUGUCUGCGGCCUCCGCCUUCGCCAUCGCCACGGCCGGAGCCAACGAGGGCACCCCCACCAAGGAGAAACUGCGGAGGAUGUCACUGGCCAGUGCAGGUUUCCCGGCCGACCAGAGGAUCUGCGACAAGGAGUUUGUGAUCCGAAGAGCAGCAACCAACCGGGUGCUCAACGUACUGAGGCACUGGGUCUCCAAGCAUUCCCAGGAUUUCAAUGUGAACUCUGAGCUGAAGAGCAAAGUCAUCGGGUUCCUGGAGGAGGUCAUCCACGACCCAGAGUUGCUCACACAGGAGCGGAAAGCGGCAGCCAACAUCAUCAGGACUUUGACCCAAGAAGAUCCAGGAGACAAUCAGACCACCUCGGAGCUCGUGAACUCGGCUGAAGAGGAGACGUUUGAAAAUCUCUCGGCCCUGGAGAUCGCCGAGGAGUUGACGUUGCUGGAUCACAUAGUUUUUAGGUGCAUCCCCUACGGUGAGUUUUUCGGCCAGGGUUGGAUGAAACCCGAGAAGAAUGAGCGAGCUCCCUACAUUAUGAAAACCACCAAACACUUCAACGAUAUGAGCAAUUUAAUCGCCUCUGAGAUCUUGAAGAGUGAGGAUGUGAAUGUCAGGACGGGAGCCAUUGAGAAGUGGGUUGCAGUCGCCGACAUCUGCAAGUGUCUCCACAACUACAACGCAGUCCUGGAGAUCAGUUCCGCGCUCAAUCGAAGCGCUAUCUUCCGACUGAAAAAGACCUGGUUGAAAGUAUCCAAACAGACCAAGGCUUUGAUCGAUAAACUGCAAAAGUUGGUGUCUUCGGAGGGAAGAUUCAAGAACCUCCGAGAAGCGUUACGGAAUUGUGAUCCUCCGUGCGUUCCGUACCUGGGGAUGUACCUGACAGACCUGGCGUUUAUCGAGGAGGGAACUCCCAACUAUACUGAAGAUGGAUUAGUCAACUUCUCCAAGAUGAGAAUGAUAUCUCACAUUAUUCGAGAAAUCAGGCAAUUCCAGCAGAACUCGUACAAAAUAGAGCAACAACCUAAGGUCUCACGCUAUUUGCUGCUGCGGCCAGAUGUCCUGGAUGAAGAGAGUUUAUACGAAGCUUCCCUACGGAUGGAACCCAAGCUCCCCACCUGAAUCCCGGCCACUCCUCCCCCCGCACUCCUCGCAUCCGAAAUCUUGCAUCAAUGAUGAUACCACUGUUCUCCUUCUACAUGCUGUGCAUGGGGCAUCACCGAAGAGUAGACACUACCUACACAACCGGAGCCCGUCACCUACCUGUGCCCUCUGGAGUGGCGUUUGCAAAUCAAUCGCUGCCAUCUACUACUUUAAAGGGUUCAAAGUGGUGCAGCAGUUCAAGGGCUUUGUGGCAACACUAAUAAGUGAUUUAAUUUAGUCACCUCUAUCUAAAACAAACGCUCCUUUACAUACAUCCUGAGAGGUAAAGUAAGUUAAACCACUGUCCUUUCACCACCAGGACCUGAGUUCCAAUCCAGCCCAGCCUGACAGCGUGAAAGCCUCGCUCACUCCCUCUCGCUGCCAGAGGACCACGUGAGUUAACACACAAGCCUUUCACUUUGACUACAUGGUUUCCAAUCCAAUGAUUACCCUCUGAGUCGCUGUACAGUAUCCAGGCUCUGCAACAGCCGAUAGAUAGUAAGUGUCCCCAUUCACCAACAACAGGCAAAGCACUCCGUGGGAGGAGAUUAUUGAAAACUGGCUCCAGAGAGAUUUGAGCCCUUUUUUUAUAUAGCCAGAAAACAUUAAAGCUUAGAUUUAGAGGCAUCCUCUUACAGGCACUUAACAUUAUUUUACAGAAAUCGGUUGGAAUACUUCCUCUUCUUUUUAAACCUUUUUAAAGAUUUCUCUCCGGAAUUAGAUUAACGUGUGAGUCCCUCUGGGGAGAGAGUGUACAGCACUUUCCACACACAGGGACAUGGAGUGCAGUGAUUUAUAUGGUUUGGAUACUCUUAAGCAUGCUGGUGGUUUCCGCAUGUGUUGGACACCAAGCGAUUCACUGUUCUUCUACAAAGGCUUAGGAUAGAUUUUUUGUCACUUAAACCUUCAGCGCUGUCCUGUACUGUGCUGGGCUGUGCUGUACU